UUUGUAGCAGGUUGGCUGUCAGCGAGUGGACUGAAGAAUUCAAUAUUGAAUUCAAUAUUGAAGUUGGCUACGCAUAUUAGCAUCGUUAAUAUACACUGCUGCACAGACUGUUUGUGUCCUAUUUUGCUGCAGACAUGCCAGCCGCAGAUUAUGACCCUGCCAGUUUACCAGACUUGCUACCAUUGUACUAUCGCCGAUUGUUCCCUUUCUCACAGUACUAUCGGUGGCUAAGUUAUGGAGGUGUGACCAAGGGCUACUUCCAGAACCGUGAGUUCUCCUUCACCCUCAAAGAUGACAUCUAUGUCCGGUACCAGUCUUUCAGCACACAGAAUGAGUUGGAGAAGGAGAUGCAGAAGAUGAACCCCUACAAGAUUGACAUUGGAGCUGUGUACAGCCACAGGCCUAAUCAACACAACACUGUGAAGUCCGGCGCAUUCCAGGCCCUGGAGAAGGAGCUGGUAUUUGAUAUUGAUAUGACAGACUACGAUGAUGUCAGAACAUGCUGCAGUGCUGCGGACAUCUGUGCCAAGUGCUGGCCACUGAUGACCAUUGCCAUCAGAAUCCUGGACCGGGCGCUGAGAGAGGACUUUGGCUUCCGGCACCUUCUGUGGGUGUACUCUGGCAGGAGAGGGAUCCAUUGCUGGGUGUGUGAUGACGCCGCGAGGAAGCUGUCAGUGGCUGCUCGCUCUGCUGUCGCAGAGUACCUCAGUCUAGUCAAGGGUGGUGAAGAGACCAUGAAGAAAGUCCAGCUGUCCGAUCCUCUACAUCCAUUCAUCAGAGAAUCUCUUGCUGUGGUGGAGCGCUACUUCCCCAAGUAUGCCCUUGCAGACCAGGACAUACUGGGAAACAGCAAGACUGCGGACAAAGUUCUGGCUCUUGUGCCCGAUGAUGUGCGAGAGGACCUGCAGACCGUGUUCCAGAGUGAGAAGAACCCACAGAAGCGCUGGAACAAGCUCUGCGGUCUGGUGCAGCACCAGCGGGUGAGCUCGAAGAAAGGGUGCCAGUAUAUCGAUAAGGAGAUCAUGCUGCAGUACUGCUACCCCCGCCUCGACGUCAACGUCAGCAAAGGAGUCAACCAUUUACUGAAGAGCCCUUUCAGCGUCCAUCCCAAAACUGGGCGGAUAUCUGUGCCAAUUAACCUUGAAGAACUGGACUCAUUCGAUCCUUUUGAAGUUCCAACAAUCCGUCUGAUCUGUGAGGAGCUGGACAAGCCUCGGACUGUGGAGGAGGAGGACGAGGUGGACAAGGAGAACGAGAGUGAGGGGGAGGCAGCCGAGCGACGCAAGAUCAGAGACUACAAGAGGACAAGUCUGGCUAAGUAUGUGAAGCAGUUUGACCAAUUCCUGGAUGGGAUGGCUCGCUCGCGCAAAGGGGAGAUGCUGAGGAAGAGUGACCUCCAGAAGGACUUCUAAUCUGGUGCGGAGCAUUCCAACCUUCAUAUCGCCCCUCACACCACCCUUGCAGAGACUCUGCUUUCAUGAUUCCACUUGAUGUACAGACAUUUGCCCAGCAGUGUAAAGUUUUCAUUACAAACCUUCUUACUAAAUUGUAAAGUAACCAAGAUAUCACUGUAAUAUCACCAUGUAAACUCUUUCCCCAUCUGUUCCUUUUGUUGUAAAAAGCUCUGGCGACUCCCUUUUUUUUUUAAAUGAAUAAAACAGGUUUAUAUAUCAAAUAA